CUCCCGAGCUCGCUGUUGAAGCUCCUCGCUAAAGCCCCAUCCAGUCCCUCCCUCCCUCUCUGUCCAAGUCAUUUUCUUACAGAUUUUCUCACCUUUUCUCUCAUUUCUUUUAAUUUCCCAUCAAUGGCUAUCAACAGAGAAUCCACUCCCCCGCCUGUGAUCGGCAAAAUUGGCCCUUACACUGUUUUCAUGACACCUCCUUCUACCCCGAAGCCUUCCGAUGCCGUUUUGGAUUCGCCGAAGAAGGUCGUUCCUCCGCCGGUGCAGUUGGAGAAGUCCGUCUCUGGGAAAUCCGUACCAGAUGGGUCUGUUCUGGGGUUUUUCAAGAAUGCUGUAACGAAAGUGCAAACUGCACAAUCAAGUUUGGAUGAUCAUUUGGCGCGGUGGUUCGGGUUGGAUCAGUCAAAGUACCAAUGGGCACUUGAUGAUUAUUAUGAAAGCAAGGGAGUGGGACAAGGAGAUAUUAAAGUGAAAGAAGUAUCAAGCAAAGUACAGAAUGUUUAACAUAUAUUGGGCUGGGUUUAUCAGAAGUUGAGGUAUGAAGCCCCUUUGAGUAUAUACCUCAUAUGGAGUGGAGCGGAGCAAUUACAUUUGAUUUGGCAAAUGGGUCUUUUACCUACAUCCAUUGAUCUCAUGAUUGAUCUCAAGGGUUCUUUCCCAGCGCCGGCAGUCGAGGCUGAGCAUUCCAUGCAUUUUGGAUCCUUUAAUUUUAUCAUCAAGUUGUAACCCUAGGUCAACUUUCCCCCCUUAUCUUUGUCUCUUGAUGAGCAACCUCUGAUCAUCCUAGUCUGUGUCAUGUUUUGGGCUCUGUACGUUAUAAUUGUUAAUGCAUUUGAACUUGAUUGAAAACUAGAAAGAUUAUAGACUUACAGUUGCUAUACCAUCAUGGCGCCUGAGUUGUCUAAUUCAACUGUUUAUGAUUUUUUUUCCUUUUUCGCCAAA